UAACACCUGCGCAUUUGGUCUGGGCCCUGUCCAUCUGAAUACAGUGUCGGGCCCCCUCGCAUGGCGUUUGACCCUGGUGUGAUGCAAUAGUCUUCUUACACCAUACGAUAUCGCCAUGGAAAACGAAGAGGGCACAAAGUCAUGCUGGAGCGGGCUGCACGGAGAUGUGCUCGAGCGCAUCGGCCGCGGCCUGGCAUUGCCCGACCUGCUGUCCGCGCGGCUGACCUGUAACCAGUGGCGCCGGCACGUGGGCGCGGCCGUGACGCGGCUGCCGCACCCGCACCUGCAUCCCCGCCACCGUGCCGCACCUUCUUUGAAUCCCCUCGCUCUCUCACCACCACCUGCUGCCGGCGGGCAGCUGCCUCUGGCUACUGCAAUCCCCGAAAUGCAGCCCAGUGCCCAGCAACACGGGUUGGACAAUCUGCUUGAAGUGCAGCAUCAGGGCUCUGAUGAAAAGGGCCUGGCAGCGGAGGCGGAGGCGGACUUGGAGGACACGCAGUUCUACCACCUGGUUGAGCUGGAUGCACAGCCGGCUGGACACGAGGGCGAUGUGACGUGGCGGCGGUCCUUGGAGGCGCUGGCGGCGUGCCUGCCGCGGCUCAGCGAGGUCAUGGUGUACGUGAGUAGCCGCGUGUCGGCGGCCGCGCUGGGUCAGCAGCUGCGCAGCCUGCCUGCCGCGCUGCCGGGCCUGACAAAGCUGGAGCUGCGCUUCAUCCUGCCCUCCUCCGCGCCCUGCCUGGGCGCCCCGCUGGCGCAGCUGCAGCCAGACCUGUCCGCCCUCACUGGGCUGCAGACGCUAUACCUGAUUCAGGGCGCCUCUCCCGAGCCCGCGCUGCUGUCCUCCGUGCUGCCGGCACUGAGCCGCCUCACCGACCUCAAACUGCUGUCGGGGCUGCCGCAGUACGGCCUCACGAACGACAAACUGGAGGCGCUGGCCGGCGCGGCGGCUGCAGGCAGCGGUGGAGGCAGCGCAGGCGGCACAGACACCGGGGCUGCAGCAGGAGGCGUUGCGUGCUUGCACCUGGGCUCGCUGGCGCGGCUGCAUGUGGAGGUGUCGGGUGUGGGGCAGGUGGAUGUGGGCGUGGCGGCGCUGAGCCGUCUGCGCGGGCUGCGGCAGCUUUGGCUCGACGGCGUUGUGACGCUGGGACCGGCGGUGACGGCGGCGCUCAGGGAGCUGCCGGGGCUGCAGGAGCUACGCCUGGAGCUGGACAGCCCCACCCACCUGCCCGACCUCUUCGCCCUGCCCGCCCUCACCUCGCUGCUUAUCUCCUACCAUGGUGACGAGCUAGAUGAGGCGGACGACGAUGAUGACGACGAGCUGCCACAGCCGCCGCCACCGCAACCACCGGCUGUAGCAGCAGUAGCGGCGGCGCCAGCCGCAGUGCCGGGGCCUGGGCUGGCUGGGCCUGGCGGCGCUGCACCAGGAGUAGAAGCCGCAGCAGCGGCACUGCCACAAGCUAACGGGCAGAUGGCGAACGGCGUUGGCGGUGGGCACGGGGGAGGCGGCGGUGGCGGCGACUGGGAGGCGUUGGAGCGGCUGGUUUGUGGCCAUGCGGCGCGACCAGUACUGCGAGAGCUGUCCCUGCAGUGCUGCGGUUUUGCAUCGGACCCGCUUCCCAAGCUUGCGGCCCUGGUGGGCCUCACAUCUCUAGCCCUGUAUGACUGCCGCUGGCCGCCGCCACCGCGCGCGGCUGCCGGCGCGGUGGCGGCGGAAGCGCACGAUGUAGUGUCAGCGCCGCCGGCGCCGUGGGCGGCCCUGAGCACCUUAACGGGGCUGACGUCAUUCUGCCUGGCGCAGUGCGUGUGUCCGCCCAUCACGGGCCGUGAACUUCGCUGCCUGGCGGCGGCGUGGCCAGGCCUCACGUCGCUGCAGCUGCAGAGUGGCCUGACAUCAGCGCAGGGUCACGGCGCCGCCGCCGCCCUGGCGGCAGCCGCAGCAGUAGCAGAGGCAGGGCAACAGCAGGAGGCGGCAGCGAUCUCUGGGGCGGAGGCGGAGAAAGACGCGCCUUUACAGGCGGCGAUGGCGGCGGCGCAGGCCGCGGCUGCUGCCGCCGCAGCGCCGUUCGCGCCCGCAACCUUUGACGCCGUCGUUGCCCGAUGGCGGCGGCUGGAGAGCCUGACGCUGAACGGGUCUUGGUGCAAUGACCCGCGCGUCUCACUGGACGUGGGCCUGCUGCCGCCCAGCCUCACGAGCCUUGUGAUGACGUCAUUGACGCUGGUGAGCUCGGCUGCGGCGAGGGAGGCGCUGGCGGCGGCAGUGCACGCAGCAGCGCGUGGGCGGGGUGGGGACUCAGCAGCCGGCGAUACUGCCCAUACCUCGUCAGCAGUACUGUGCAGCUCGACUGAGGCUACCUACGCCACAGUGCGUACAGCAGGCGGCCACGCACCUGCACCGCUGCUACCGGCGCUGGAGCAUCUGGUGUUGGCUGAGGUGCGGCUGGCGCCCGGACUGGGCCUGGGCUGGCUUGCUGCCCAGGCGCCCGGCCUGCGGAGUCUGGAGGUCACCAACCUGCUUCCCAACCUGUGUGACGCCUCCUGUGCUGCGCUGGCGGCGCUGACGGCGCUGACGGUGCUGCGAGUCAGCCAAGACCAGGAGCCGCAGGAGGAGGAGUGGGAGGGGCAGGCGGCGGCGCCGAAGGGAAAGGGAGACGCAGCGGCGGACCCGGCAGCAGGUGGCCGAAGUGCUGACAGCCAGCAGCCCGCCAGCAGCAGCAGCAGCCGCGCCGCCACGGCAGAUCCACCUGCCUUCGCUGCACCUGCGACCCCGCACGGCCCAUUUCCUGCUAGGAGCAGCGCCAGCAGAGCAGGCCGGCUGCUUACGGGCAUGGGCCUGGCCGCGCUCACCCCCCUCAAGCAGCUGCGGCAGCUCGAGUGGCUGCCUUGGGGCUGUGAGCCGCUGGGCCUGGCCCACGUGCGGGCUCUGGCGGCGCUGCGGCGGCUGCACCUAGUGACGCUGCGGGGUGCCCGCGACGGCGCCAUCAGCGGGGAGGCGCUGGAAGCGCUGCGGGGGGCGCUGCCGCUGUGCGACCUGGACGACACCGAGUGGAGCGGCCUGGUCGACGUGUAGGUAGGCAGGCAGCGCGAUAGUUCUGGGUACGUGUGUCUGGAAGGCGUCACGGGGCAUGCAGGGGUAGGGCCCAUAGAGGCCCUGGGGACCGGCCCUCGAUCAGGUGGGAAGCCUUAAGCCCCCGUCCCAC